AUGCCGCCCUCGGCCAAGAGGGCCUCCAGGGCUCGCCGCGAACCGCGUAAAGCAGCUGCCACUUCACCCGCCGAGAUCCAAGAGUCUUCACCUACCCGCCCAGCAAAGCGUCGCAAGAAGGUCCAAGAAGAGGAAGAACCCCCCGCGCCCGACGGCGACCAACUGGUGUCCCAGAUCGCACAGCACCUCCGGAACCAGCCUGUACAGGCCAGUAAAGACCACGCAAAUGCUAUCCAUCAGGCCAACGGGGACGGAGUCAAGGCCUACGCCAAGGUUACUGCCCAGGACUGGACCUUUUACAUCACCAAGUUGGUCGUGAAUAUCGGCCGAGCACCCGAAACCUCGCAUGCAUCCCACGCCGCCGCCUCCGGAGCCGACGACGAUGACCAAGUACACAUUGAUCUGGGCCCCAGCAAGAUGGUGUCGCGUGAACACGCUACCAUCUCCUUCGAGUCCAAGGAUGAGAGGUGGUUCCUUCGUGUCAAAGGCCGCAACGGUGCCAAGGUGGAUAACCAACCACUCAAGGCUGGUCACGCCCACCCUCUCACCAGCGGAGAAGUCAUCGAGAUUGGCAACGUCGAGAUGAUGUUCGUUCUUCCUACCGAGAUCUCCCCCCUCAACGUCCACCCAGUCUUCCUCCAACGCGCCGGCCUCAGUGCAGACUCACCCCAGUCGCGAUCAUCACGCCGGCAACCCCUCAUCGCUCCGGCCCCGCCGGAAUACAAGCGCCCAGGCACGCCACCGUCAGCUCAAAGCCAUUCGAAAUCACCAGCCGCAAGUACCCCGGCCGUAAUGAUCGGGGCCAACGGAGUAGACCUAAGCCAGGACGAGAAUCAGCACAUUAAGCCCCAAUACAGCUACGCUCAGAUGAUAACACAAGCCAUCCUGAACGCGCCUGACGGGAAGCUCAAUUUGAAUGGCAUCUACACAUACAUUACAAACACUUACGCUUACUAUCGUCACCAGCAAGCUGCUGGUUGGCAGAACUCGAUCCGACAUAAUCUGUCUCUGAAUAAGGCGUUCGACAAAGUAGCUCGGUCCACAGACGAGCCGGGCAAGGGCAUGAAAUGGCAAAUUGUCCCAGAAGUUAGAGAGGAGAUGGUGCGGAAUGCCUAUCGUGUUGGUCGCGGCGGCCAUCGUGGAUCGUCUGCGCCCUCGUCCCCCAGCCAGCUCGCCUACAUCACCCAUGGCCCCAGGGAUAUGGCAUCCAGAGAGCCUCCCUCUGCUCGCAAGCGAAGAGCCUCGCCCCCAGCUUCACCACCUCCAAGAUCAUCGCUACCGAUCGCACAAUCGACUCCGGACCGGCCAUCUGAUCGAUCAUUUGGGAGAAAUGCCACUCUAACUAUCGAUGGAAGUCCACUGCCCCGCCCCAGGAAGACCCCCGGAAGGGAUUCGUCAUUCUCAGUAUACCAGCCUCAGUCACCCACGCUCACCUCUUCGUAUCAAGAAGACGGGGGGUCCUUCGUCACACCCGCACCACCAAGAGUCCAUCCCAAACUCGCGCCUCCAAGUACAGCACAGCGACCCAGUCAACAUAUGCCGACAAGUUCACCAGCACCUUUCUGGAAGUACGCAGACAUUGGCAGCACUCCUCUCAAACCGCUUGGGGGUUAUGACAUAAGUCCAACAAAGGCUGGUGGUGAUCUGCCACCACAGAGCAGCAGUCCUCCCCGUGGAAACAAAUCUCCUCCAAGUAGUCCAUCACGUCGCCAAAGGUCCAGCCCACACCCGGUCACUGAACCAGCUGAAGUCGAGGAGGAAGGAGGGUUUGAUCUUAGCAAGGGCUUUCAGAGUAUCGGUUCUUACCACGCACCCGUCGGGAGAGGCGCAUCCAUUUUGGAAGGGCGUAUGUAA